AUGGCAAAAAUUACAACUGGAGAGCAAUAUAUUCGUACAUUAGCUCAAUAUAUUCGUUCUAAUGAAAGGAGAUUAACAACAACAAACUCACCUUCGCCUUCAUCAGGCCAUUUAUCUGGUCAUAAAAGAACUGAUACUGGAGGUGGUAGUUUUUCAAUGACGAACUUAUGUGAUUUAGGAUUUGAUGUUGGUGCUUUUGAAGCUGUUGUUGAUUUCAAACGGGGUGAUGGUGAAACUCUCGACAUUGAUAUUAAAGAUCUAGAAACUUCAUCAAUUACAUCCUCAAAUUCAGUUAGCUCAAUGUCUUCAGCGAUGUCUUCCCUUUCAUUAUUUUCAGGAUGGCAAGGGUGGUAUUCUGCCGCUCAAAAAAACGGACCAGUUCCUAUUAAUCAGGAAUUACAAUACAUUUAUCAUUCAUUUAUAAAGCUUACCGGUUUAAAACUUGCGAUCAUUAAUCAAAAGAGAAUAGAUGGUUCUGAGAAUUGGCCAAAUGGUGCAAUGUUAUCCAUGUCCUUCUUUAAAAAUUUGACACAUUUGGAAAUUUAUGGACUAACACCAAAAAUGUUUGAUGGUUGGGAUAUUUUACAAGAGAAAGUAGAAUCCUUAUCUUUACAACAAGGUUCAAUUGAUGAUAUUUAUGAGUUAUUUGUUGAUGCAGUUGUUGAUAGUAUGAAAAGACGAAAACAAAAUGACAAUAAAGCUAUAACAAACAAUGGUCAAGUCGCCAAAGGGCCUCAAGAUGUAGUUGAACAACCAAAAGCUAGGGAUCUUAAUGAUUACUCACCAGAUAGUAUUUUACCACAAAGAAUUUGGCCAAAUCUUAAACAAGUCUAUCUUUCUAAUAAUUCACUUACCUUUGUUGCUAGCGAGCCAUUAGCUUACAUUAAUAAAGUCACUCAUUUGGAUUUAUCACAAAAUUUACUCAUUGCUGUUCCUUCUGGUUUAUCUCAACUUUAUAACUUACAACAUUUAAAUCUUAGUAAUAAUAUGAUCGAGUCCGUAACGGGAAUUUAUAAAAUGCUUAGCAAUAUCACAAGAUUGGAAUUACAAAAUAACCGAAUUGAAAAUUUGUGCGGCCUUGAACGAUUAUGGUCGUUAGAGUAUGUAGAUAUUAGGGAAAAUAAAUUAAUGGAUUGGGCUGAAGUUGGUCGUAUGACGGAACUUCGAGAUAUAAUGCAGAUUUACGUUGAGGGAAAUCCUUUUACAAGAUUUCAGCCCCAUUAUCGAGUAAGCAUAUUUACUGCUUUUCGUGAGAAUAAUAAGGAUAUCAUCUUGGAUGGUACAGCUCCUAGUUAUAAUGAACGCCGCCAAAUUAACGUGUAUCCACAAUCUUUGCCUUCAAGUCAAAAGGAUCCUGUAGCCGUUCUAAGCAAUGAUUCGAUAUUACCUAGCUGUGUAAUAUCCUCAGAUGACCAAAAACCAACUGUUCCUGUAUUGAAAACAAAAAAAAGCCGUAAAUUUCAUAAAAGAGUUGUUAAUUUGGAUCGAGAUGAUGCAUACAACAGUGGAACAGAUGGAUCUGAUAUAGCAUCAUCAAAAUCUGGCAAUGAAAAGAAAAAGAAGAAGGGCAAACUGACUAAAAAAUCAACCAAUGUUCCGAUUAAAGAUCCUGCAAUGUUAUCCGGGGAUGAGUAUAGACGUAAAGUAGAAGAAUUACGAACUGAAGGUGGUUCAGCUUGGUUAAGAGUUUUAAGCGAAAUGGAGUAUGAUAAAAGUGGUGCUGAUAGGUUAAGAGAGCCACCAAAAAUGAAAGCGAUAGUAGAUCAAAUUAUAUCGACUAGAGAUCGAACAUAA